GUGCGUUCGUUGGGCCGCGAACAAAUAGACCUAUGUCUGUUUUCAUCUCCGCCGAUAUCUACACCCAGCCAACCCACCCAUCUGAGUCUCCCAUGGCCCUAUCAGCCGCUCAACCCAUGCCCCAAACCCAAUGCGAUGGGACUCAAACCCGUCAGCUGCUUGAUUCGCUACACCUGUACAUCGACUACACACAUACCCACAUCCGCCCGCAUCGAUCCUACUGCCCCCCGGCGAUGCAGUCACAGAGUGGAUGCCGCCCCUGGACACAGGCAGGGGUGGCUAUGGAGCGGCAGCCAAUGACACAGAGAGAGGGAGAGGGGGGAGGGCUCUAUGGCUGCUGCUCGUGCUGGUGCUGCUGCGUUGCGUCGCUGCUCGUCUCAUCGAAGAUAAGGGUGGCUGCCGGCUUCUCCUGGUAGCCAUCGGGCGAACCUACAUGGAUCAUAUGCCAUUUGCAUUCGACAAUGGGACACAGAAUGUCUCCACGCUGCUCUGUGUGUGUGUGAUUGACUCACCUGUGUGCGUGUGGGCGAGGUUGGCCAGGUCGCGGAGCCGACACAUGCUCGGAGUGGCGUCGUCAUCACACAAACCCGCCAACCCUUCGCCAUCCUCUCCCCCACUACCGCCUUGUAGCUUGGCGAAUGGCGUGGAAUCGCCCGCAGACAGCACUGCUGCAUCGGGCGAUAGGGAAUGCAGUCGGAGAGGGCGGGGAGGGCUGACCUGGUCAUUUACAAACAACGAAAUGCAAGCAGAGGAAGUGCAAAGCAAAUUGGUGCAAAGUCUGGCUCCGCAAUCGUGGUUCCGUUCGUCUGUGUCUGUCUGUCUGUCUGUCAGGUUUCGCUGCCUACAGAUGGGGAGCGUUGGCGUGAGGUCGCGUAGACCCCUGGUACAGGUAUCGACAGGGGCCGACAGCUGUAGCUAUCAUGGGACGGCACCGGCAUCUCGCCGUGUGCUGUGUGGACCGGGAGCGUCGGAAGAUCGCCACCUAAUGCGCCCGCUUCAUAACCUGGACAGCGCACAACAAAUGUGUGUUUAGGCGAUGCCGUGUUUGUGUCUGUCUGCUUCCAUGUGUACCGAGUUGCACUGUUGAGGUGUUGUCGCAUGAAUUGCUUCUUGUGGCUGUUGGUGGGGCAGUCGGUGGCGGGGUGGCUGUAGUGUUGUGGAUGUUGCUACCGUGGGCGGCAGGAGGUGUGUUGGUGUGUCGGGGCGGCAUCGUGUUGGGACCGCACUGCUCGCGCAGCUUCGGCUGGACGGGUAUGUGCAUCUGGUGCAUGAGGGACAGCAGCGUGGGGCCGUACUUGCCCUCCUGGCCCUUGCGCAACACAGCCCCAAGCAGGUUGUUCGCCACCUCGGCCAGCACCUACGUGUCCCAAACACACAGACACAAAGAUGCUCACGUGUGUGGGGGUGGGUGCUGGUGGCGGCUUCAACGUACCUUGAUGCCCUGGUUGGCAGCCUGUUGCAUGAUGUCGAUGGCCGCGUCGAAGUGCAGGGCGCACGCACACCCGUUGAUGAGUGUGCCGAAGGCGAAGCCGUCGCCGCGUUCGCCCUUGCGGUUCAUCGUGUCAAACACCUCAAGCGCACGCUUGACCUGUCAGACACAGGCAGACACACGGUGGACUGACGGAUGGGACAUGGUUGCCGGGUCAUGUUUGUGUGUGCAGGGCACCCCACCUGUCUGUUGCGGAUGCACGCUUGUAUGAGCGAUGUGUAGACGAGCACCGACGGGCGCAGGUGGAACUUCAUCUCCAUGUCGUCGAUCAUCUGCACACACACAUAGAUAGACACGCACAUGCACAUGCACACAGGCAGACUCCCAUGGAUCUGUGUGGGUAUGAGUCGGUAUAUGUGUGGACCUGGAAUGCCUUGUCCAGCAUGCGGGCCUUGCCGUACAACUUGACCAGAAUGGAGAAGGUCACGGCCGUCGGCUUGACGCCCACACUCAACAUCUCACCGAAGAGUCGCUCACCCAACUCCAGAUUCGACUG